AUGGGCGGCGUCUGCUGCUCUCGCCGGCUCGCGAAGCCUUUACCCGCUGUCGGCUUUGGGGCCGAGGAAGGGCCUCUCGAAAGAGCAAUCAGAGGGCUGGGUCAGGACCUCACCCUCGGCUCCGGGCCCCACAGCAUCCUCCGCCACCGCCCGCCUGCACCGGGCCGCCUCACGGAAAGAGCCGGCCCGGGAACACUGGGCAAAGCCCCGGGGUCGAGGUGGGCGAAGCGGAGCAGUAGCGGAGGCCGCCUCGGGCUUCUCGGCUGCCCGGCGACCAGGGCUGGCUCCGGUGACUCCUGUCCUGGAACCCGCCGGCUCCGCAGUCUCAGGAGCCCGCAGCGACCCUCGCCGUCACCCGAAGCAGCCUACUCCAGCAAGAGUCGCGCCUCCCGGGCCGUUUUACCCUGCCCGUUCCCAAUAGCCACAGCAACAAAAUGGCGGACGCGGGAGAAGCGGCCGGGCACCUCCCCCUUGGUCCAGCGCACUCCCUUUGCGCACGCGCGGAGUCGGGCGCCCCCCCCCCCCCACACACACUGCGGGGGCCCUCCCGUUGACGUCUCCCGGGGCAGCCAAUCAGGAGUGCGUUCGCGAGGGUCCGGCCGUGAGCUACUCGUGCUGCUCCCGCGUUCGGGGAGGAGGUUGAGGAGGCUGUGGGUCAGGCCCUUCCUGGGCCGCAAAGCAGCAGUCAGGCGGCUACCGCCGCCGCUCUCGGGCCUCCUGCACUCGGAGAUCCGAUUUGACACACGUGGAAUGACGGUGAAGAUCAGCUUGACUACUGCUUUUGGAAGACUACAGCGUGGUGACACCCAGGCCACCACAGGCUCUGAUGUGCAACACCCCCGUGUCUGGCUUGACGGUCUUGCCUACUCCAGAUCAUUUCCUGCCAUUCCACAUUGCUCAGCUCCAGCUGUGCCCUCCUAACGUUUCUCCUCCCUCCACCCCCACUAGAAUCAAUCUUUUUUUCUUUAUUUUGGGGGCGGAGCAUAAAAAAAAUG